AUGUGGCCUACGUUAAAAAUAGUGCAUGGUAAACCACGACAUAGUCAAAGUCAGGGGAGCGUGGAAAGAGCUAAUCAAGAUAUACAAAAUAUGUUAAUUACUUGGAUGCAAACUAAUAAUGUAAAAUCAUGGAAAGAAGGACUGAGAUUUGUGCAGCUUAUGAAAAAUAAAGCACUUCAUUCUGGUAUCCAAAGGUCACCGUACGAGGCAAUGUUUGGAACAGAUAUGAGAGUUGGUUUGACUACACGUUUUUCUAGCGAUUCCGUUGAUAAUAUCAAUACUGAAGAUGAUCUUGUAAUAUUUUUAAACAAUAUCAAUGAAGAAGACGAAAACGAAGGCGUGGAUGAAACAAAUAAUGUUCAAGUGGUGAAUGAAAAUUGUUGUUCGAAAGCAUCCAAGGACGAAGGAUUAUGUGACUUAAUAUGCUCAAGACAGAAAUCAAUCGAAAAUAAUAGAAAAAAUCUGAAAUUUGUUUACUGA